AUGGGUCUCCAAACAGAAAAGGAUAAAGAAAAGGAACAUCAAAAAAAUAAUUUUAAAAUAUGCAGCAAAAAAUUUGAAACAGAUGAAUUAGAAGUCCUAAAAAAGAUAUAUAAAGAACUAGGUAGUAGAUCUGGCUCAAGUUAUAUUGACAAAGAAACGUUUCUUCAAUUUUUUCCUUUACCAGGGUUGUGGGGAGAAAGAUUAUUUUUAAAAUUUAACUUCAAAAAUACUGGUUUUAUAGAUUUUGAAGAGUUUAUAAUAGGUAUAGCAAUAUGUUGUCGAGGGACAAAAAGUGAUAAGAUAAAUGUAUUGUUUGAUAUUUUUGAUUUGAAUGCAGAUGGGUUUAUCCAAAAGUCUGAGAUGGUAGCUAUGCUAUCUAACAUUCCUUAUAUUCAUAAAUUAAAAAAUAUAUUUUUUAAUAAAGAUAAUAGGAAAAAUAUAUAUCGAGAUGAUUAUACGAAGGAUGAUGAUAAUGCAGAUGAUGAAAAUGAAGAUCAUGAAAAUGGAGAUGCUAUUGUAGAUUCUAAUGUAGGUACUAAUUCAGAUGGUAAUAUAGAUAUCGAUGCAGAUGCAGAUGUAGAAUACAAUGAUAGUGAUAGUGAUGAUUUUACUAUAGAUGAUGAUGAAGAUGUGGAUAGUUUGGAUGACAUAAGUGAUUCCUUUAGUAGUGCUUAUGAGGAUGAAGACGAAUAUUCAAAUAAUAAUAAUAAUAAUAAUAAUAAUAAUAAUAUAGAAAAUAUGAACAUAAGUUCAGAUAAUAAAAAUGUGGAAGAGAAUAAUAUAGGAAAUUGUAGUAAAUGUAUAAAACAACAAAAAAAUAAAGCAUUAAAUGCAAAUAUAAAUAACAAGAGAAAUGGGAAUGGUAAUAAUACUUCAUUAAAUGUAAAGGAGCUAGCCAAAAAAAUACGAAAAGAAGAAAAAAGAAAAUUUGUAAAAAAAUUGAGAGAAUUAAACGCAGUACAUUUGUAUAAAGAUAAUGAAUUAAGUAAUAAAAAAGAAAAAGAUAAAGAAAGAAAAAAAAAAAAUAAAGAUCCAAAUGUUUCCAAAAAUUCUCCUUUUUUUAAAAGUGAAGGUGAAGAUUAUAAUUCUUCGUCGAGUAACAAUACAGAUGCUUUUGUUCAUGAUCAUAUAAAAUACAUAAAUAAAUAUAAAAAAAAAAGUUUAAAAAAUGAAGUUAAAAAAAAUGGACACAGAUAUAAAGAUGCAACAAAUCCAUAUAUAUCCUCUACUACAGAUAGUUCUACAAGUAAUGAAAGUAAUUAUAACAUAAAUAAUGAUGAGUUUGAAAGUUGCAGUUCAAAUAAAGAACACAGAGAAGUUUGUUCUAGCGACACGUCAGAUUCAUUUAUUAGUAUUUAUGGAUAUUUGAUAAAAAAUCGAAGGAGCAAAAAUAUAAAAGAAAAGAAUCACCAUAGUAAGGAGAAAGAUAAAAAAGAUCCAGAUGUAAAGGGCAAAAAUAAAGCAGAUGAUAAUAUUAAGAGGAAGGAAAAAGGAGAUGAUGAAAUUAAAAGGAGGGAUAAACCAUUAGAUGAUGUUAAAGAAAAAGAACAAAUAAAGUACGAGGCAAAAAAUAAAGACCACAAAAUGAAAGAAGAAAUAUCAGAAGGAAAAGAAAAUUUAAAAUACAAAGAUGUUGAAAAAAAUAAAGAUGUUGAAAAAAAUAAAGAUGGUGAAAAAAAUAAAGAUGGUGAAAAAAAAAAAGAUGGUGAAAAAAAUAAAGAUGGUGAAAAAGAAGAAGGAAAAAAUGAGGAAAAAGAGAAUGAAGAAGAAAACAAAAUAAAAAAAGAAAAGUGUUUUACAAGAAAUGAUAUAAAUAUAUACAAAAAAGAAAAGAAAAAAGAAAAAAAAAAGAAUAAAUUAUAUGUAAACGAAUUUUGUCUACCAUCCAAAACUGCUAGAAGCAUUUUAAAUGAUGAAGAAAAUAAUAAACCAUCCGAUAAAAAUGUUGAUGUUGAAGCGAUCGUAGAUAUUAUGUUAGAAGAAUGUGAAUUUUUAGAUAAUGAUAAAAUAACACUUAUACAAUUUAAAAGUGUUAUACAUAAAUAUGAUUUCUUUUUAUAUAUAUUUUUUAAUUGCCUACAUGAAGAUAUUUGGGGCUUACAAGGAAAUGUCUUAUAUGGUAGAGAUUAUAUAAGUAACUUUGUUAUAAAAUCUGAAAAUUUUAAAAAUAAAGAAAUUGAGCAAGAUGAGGAUGAUGCUAUUACUGAAGAAUUAUAUUUUAAAAUAAGACAACUUUUUAUAGUUCAAGCUCCUGAUUAUGAUUGUGUGAAUGAUGAUUUGUGUGUAAACUUUUUAAAUACAAAGAACGUAGAACAGGACAUAAAGGAAGUUGGUGAGGAAGAAAAAGAAAAAGAAAAAGAAGAGAAAAAAAAUGGUGCAGAUAAAAAGGAUACCAUAGAAAAAGAAGAUGAAGAAUAUAUAACAAAUAAUUUUAGUAAAGAUAAAAAUGACACAUCUAUAAAUAAGAAAAAACCAAAAAAUGAAAAUAAUGCAAAAUUAGUUAGCUUUGUUAGUGAAAUAAAAACAGGAGAAGAAAAUAUUGUUGACAAAGAUAAAAUUAAAGAAUAUGAAAAGGAGUAUUCUAUUCAUAAAGAUAAGGAUGAUAAGAAGAAUGUUAAUAGUUCUUUUGAAAGUGAGCAUGAAGAUUUAAAGCGCCAAUUUAUAAAUAUGAAAGAGAAAAUAAAGAAAAGCUUAAAAGAAAAAGAUGAAUUGAAUAAUCUGAAAGAGGAUAAUAAAAUAUAUAAAAAAUUGGAAGAGUAUGAUAAGAAGACCAUUAAUAAUAUAGAGAAUCAGAAUGAAAAUCAAAAUGAAAAUCAAAAUGAAAACCAAAAUGAAAAUCAGAAUGAAAAUCAGAAUGAAAAUCAGAAUGAAAAUCAAAAUGAAAACCAAAAUGAAAAUCAAAAUGAAAAUCAAAAUGAAAAUCAAAAUGAAAAUCAAAAUGAAAAUCAAAAUGAAAAUCAAAAUGAAAAUCAAAAUGAAAACCAAAAUAAUAAUAAUAAUAUAUUGAAAGAAAAAAAUUUUUAUGAAGAAGAUAAUAAUAAUAAUAAUAAUGAUAAUAGUAAUAAUUUUGAUGAAUCUCAAUCAAUUCAAGAAUACCAAAACGAUAAUAAAAAUAAUUUUAUUGAAGAGAAUAAUAUUUUAAUUAACCAGAAAAAAAAUUUAUACAAUAUGAAAGAGGAUCCAAUAAAUAUCCAGGUUGAUAUGAAAAGUAAUAUUCAUAUGAACAUUAUUAUUAAUAAAGUGAAUGAUGUGAAUGGUGUAAAUAAUGUGGAAGAUAUUAAUAAUGAACAAAAGAAAAACGAUUUUGUUAAAAGGAAUAAACAAAAUACGAAUAGAAAUGAACACAUGAGCAAAAAAGACAUUGCUGGUAAUAAUAGUAGUACUAUUAUUAAUAAUAAUAUGAUGAAUUUAAACGAUGAUUUAUUAAAUGUGGAAAAUACAGAAAAUAAGAAUAGAUAUGAAUGUGAUUUCAAUUUGUUAACAAAUCAACUUAAUGAUAUAUUUUCAAAAGAAAUUGUAGAAUUUAUCCAAGCAUCUAAAAUUAGUUUUAAUAUUAAUGAUGUUUGUAAAGAAAGAAAUUUACACAAGAAAAAAGAAAGACUUCAGAAAGGUCGUAGAAACUAUUUGAAAAAUAAUAAAAACAAUUUAAAUAUAUCUUUAAAUUAUCAGAAGCAAAAGAAGUAUCCAUUUAAUAAAUUAUUCUUGGAAGAAUUGGAAAAGGAUGAAAAAAAUGAAGAAAUUAAUAAAGCAGAAGAACAUGUAACAGAUGAAUCAUCUUUUGAAUAUAAUCAAAAUGGUGUUUUUCCGAACAAAGUAGUACCCACUAAAACAAAUAAAGAUAUCUUAACAAUAAAUAAUCAAAACAAUGAAGAAGAUAUGAAACAAAAAGAAAAAGAAGUGAACGAACAAACCGUAGAAAAGAAAGAAGAUAAUAAUAUUCUUAUUAAUAAAUUAAGUAAAAAAAAAAGUUUUUCAGGAUUGAAAUUACAAAAUAUAGAGAAAAUGGAUAUAUUAGAAAAGUUUGGAUUGUCCUAUAAAAAAAGUGAAAAAACAAGUCUGGGUUGUUCCAUAUUUCACAAUAAGGUAGAUGAAAAGAGAGGAUCUUUUAGUAAGAGUCAGGAUGGAAUUGAAGCUGAUGUAAUAAAGCAAGGAGAAUUAAAUGAUGAAAAGGUAAAAAAUAUUGAACGAAAUGAUGAAACGGUAAAGAAGAAUGAAGCAAAUGAUGAAAAGGUAAAAAAUAUUGAAAGAAAUGAUGAAAAGGUAAAAAAUAUUGAAAGAAAUGAUGAAAAGGUAAAAAAGAAUGAACAAAAAUGUGACGAUUUAAAAGAACCCAUUUCGAACGUAGAUAAAAUAAGUUAUCAAAAAAGUACAAGUGAUAAAGAUUUAAGUAAAAAGAAAAAUAGUAAUGUCGUUGCUUUGAAUAAAAUGGAUACUUUUAAAAAAGAUGAAAGUUCAAGUAAUGAUAUGGAAAGUUCUUAUUUUUCUAGUAAUAAGAAAAAGAAAUAUGAUUUAACAAAAAAGCAUGGAAAAGAUAUAAAUUUAUAUUCAUGUCCUAAUUGUAAGGGUCCAUUUUUAAUGUGUCCAAAUUGUCAUUGUAGAUACCCUAGAUUUUGUGUUAAUGAUAAUAAGAUAGCAAUGGAAUGUGAAUAUUGUGAUUGUGAGCAUUGCUAUUUUUAUAAUUGUAUAUAUUGUAAUUUUGAUUUCCAGAAAUGCUUAGAUAUGAUAAAAAAGAAUUCUCUUAAGGAAGGUAUAUUAUAUAAAAUAGGAAAGCAUUUACAUCAAUUUAAAGCUAGAUAUUACAUAUUGUUUGAUAAUUUAUUAUAUUAUUAUGAUAAAAAAAGGAAUUUAAAACCUAGAGGUUUUAUGUUUUUAGAAGGUUGUUAUGUUGAAUUAAUUGCUAAGAAUGAUAAUAUUAAUAAAUAUGGUUUUUCUAUAUGUCACAAAGGAACGAAACAAGUACAGAAACGUAAUUUAUAUGUAAACACAUUAGAAGAAAGGGAUGAGUGGGUACAAGCCUUAUAUUCAUCUACAAAACAGAAUACAUUAUAUAAUUUAUAUGAAUUACAUGAACAGUUAGGGCAAGGUAAGUUUUCAACAGUUUAUAGAGGUAUAAAUAAACAAACAAAUUCAGAAUUUGCCAUUAAAGUAAUUGAUAAAAGAUCUGUAUCAAUAUAUGAAAAAGAAUUAUUAAGAAGUGAAAUAUCAAUAUUAAGAUUAUUAAGGCAUCCAAAUGUUAUAUACUUAAAAGAAAUAAUUAAUACAAAAGAAACUUUAUAUAUAUCCAUGGAAUUGGUAAAAGGGGGAGAAUUAUAUGAUUUUUUAUUAGCUGAAACACGAUUAAGUGAAAUCCAUGCAAAUAAAAUUAUAACACAAUUAAUAAAAACAGUAGCAUAUUUACAUAGAUGUGGUAUUAUACAUAGAGAUAUUAAACCAGAAAAUAUAUUACUUACAGAUAAAUCAAGAGAUGCUCAAAUAAAAUUAACUGAUUUUGGAUUGUCAACAUUAUGUGCUCCAAAUGAAUUAUUGAAAGAACCAUGUGGAACAUUAGCAUAUGUAGCACCAGAAGUUAUUACAUUACAAGGUUAUAAUCAUAAAGUAGAUGCAUGGUCUAUCGGAAUUAUAUUAUAUUUAUUAUUAAGUGGUAAAUUACCUUUCCCUAUUAAUAAAAAUACAGAAAUGAAUAUACAAAAAAAUUAUGUAUUAAAUUUUAAGGAUUAUAUAUGGAAAAGUAUAUCUUCAUCAGCUAAAGAUCUUAUAUCAAAAUUAUUAGAAUUAAAUGUAGAAAAAAGAAUUUCAGCAAAUGAAGCUUUAGAACAUAUAUGGGUGAAGAAUCCAACUGCUGUAAUAAAUGAAAAUUCAUUUAUAUAUAAAAAUGAAGAAAUUAAUAUUUUAAAUUUACAAGAUGUUAGUGUUAGUACAUUUAAUAUACCAAGAUAUACACCUUUACAUAUUGAAGAAGAAAAAAAUACAGAAGAGGUAGAAAAUAAAGAGCUCAUAUUCAAUAUUCAUGAAAAUAAUAUUUUAUGUGAAAAUAAUGAUUCUAUUGAUGAACCUGUUAUACCAUUACCAUAUAGUAGUGCCCCAGUAAAAGAAUAUAUUCAUGAUAAAAAAAAUAUACAAAAUAUAUCAUCUCCAAUAGAAGAUAUAUCAAUGAAUAAGCAGGAAAAUGCUGUAAAUGAAUCCAUAAAUAAAGAAACAUCAAAUCUUAUGAAAAAUUGUUCACAAAAUGCAACGGAUCAAAAUGAUACUUCACCUCAUCAUAAUAAUGAAAAUCAAAAUGAGCAAGGAAAUCUAAACACUUGUAUUCAUAAAAUUAACGAGUGUAAAAAGAGUUCAACAGAUGGACACACUGCCCAAAUAAAUGAUAAUACAAAUAAAGAACAUGAUAAAAUAAGGGAUAAUUAA